ACAGAAAAUGAUCUACUUCCACCAUCAUCAACAACACCGGUCACAACUUUAACAAACACGGAUGAAAAUAAAAACGAAAAACAAAGAGCAACAACAACCGAUAUACAACCGCCCUCAGAACGACGUAUGUCUUACUAUAGAAGAGCUGUAAUUAAAUUUUUAUGUUUUGCAGAUAUAAGUGAAUGGGAUAACGAUGAAGUGUUGGAAUGGUUUCAGUCUUAUGGACUUAAUGAGUUAUAUAACUCGCUCUUUGCCAUGCAAAAAAUUGAUGGCACAACUUUAGCAAAAAUAUUUGAAUUGAAACUAAAAAAUUAUGAAAGUUACAGAAUUGAUUAUACAAAUCGUUUACCACCCAAUCAAAAGAAUCUUUUAAAAGAUUUUGAUCGAUUCGGACAAUUGCUGGAUUCAUAUUUUAUUGAUAAAUAUACACAUCGAUUUGAUGUUGCGUUCUCAUUUCCAGGUAUUUGA